GGUUCUGGGCCUUAGGACGUGGAUACACACUGCAGGGGGCCACUGUCCACCCUACAGGAAGCAAGCGAAGGCAUCCUAAGGGGAGACACCCUGCUGACCCAUGCAAGGCUCUGGAGGGUGGAGGAAGGGGCCGUGCAGGGCAGCCAGAGGCCCUCCCAACGUCCCUGGACUCCCAGACCUGGCUGUCAGCCCCAUCUACCCUUGGGGAGGCAUGGGUCUGCAGAGCUCCACUUUCCGUUUUGUUAAGUGAGGGCUCCACAUGCUGAGGCUGUGGUGAGAGGAGGUGAAGGGUAGCAACUGAAGCACGGUGGGUCAGGCCUGCGGUCUGGGCAUGGACUUAGGGAUCUUAAGAAGGCUCAGGAAUGACCCUGGAGGAUGGAGGAUCCAGGUGGGAGCUGUGCAUGUAACACCCCUCUUCCAACCUUAGUCAUUCCCUGCCCCCGCCCCCAGGCCAGCCUCCAGCCCCUCCCCAUCCAUCUGCUCCCCUCUGGGCCACUGGGUCAUGGUUGCUGGGAGACAGUUGCCUGGUCACCACUGUUGCUUCCCGGGCAGAGAGCUCACACCACCUUAUGGGGCAGCUUCACCAAGGUCUUCCACUCGUCACAGCAGGGCGCCGUUUCCUGCGGGUCUUUUUACCUGACCAGGCCUGACAGCAGCCCUCCUUACAGCCGGCCCCACAGCCGAGUACAGAGACACCGACCACCGACAAACCGUCCCUGCAGAGGAGGACUCGCCCCGGACAGACAGGAUGCAGAGAUGGCCCUGCCCCCAAGGGGCACCCGGCCCCAAAGUCACCACAGAGACCGGAACCAGACCAGAGUCCAGCACUCCAGGCAGCACCCCUCCCCGCACAGGGUGGGCCCGACCGGGUGCCCAGUUCAAGGGCUAGGACCACAGGUUGCCCGCAGAGCCCGCAGAGGAGUGGGGGCCAUGUCUUCCCAGAGGUACCCCUGCCCAGGUACCCCAGUGUCUGUGGCCCGCAGCCACACCCACUUUCUCCACCGCCGAGGACUACCCCCUCGGACCCAAGUCGGCACAAAGAGAGGCAAGCGGUCAAGGAUGGCAGGGAUCCGGCGGGGCCACGCCCGGGCACCAGGCUGGGCCCAUGAGAGACCCAUGGGGAGCCACGGACAGGAGGGGCUCCUGCAUCAACUAAGCCAGCUGGACCAAGAUGCAGAGCUGGACGACUCUGAAGCCAUUAGGCCCCAGGCCACCCUCCUAGAGAAGCACUUUCUGGAGGGGGAGAAGCAGCCACCCAGCACAGGGCAAGGCCCCUUCUUCUACAUUGGAGGGACCAACGGGGCCUCCAUAAUCAGCUCCUACUGCAAGAGCAAGGGCUGGCGGCGCAUCCAGGAUAACCGGAGGGAAGACUACAAGCUCAAGUGGUGUGAGGUCAAGUGCAGAGACACCUACUGCAACUUCCGGGAAGGCAAGCAGCUGCUGUACCAGCUCCCCAACAACAAGCUCCUCACCACCAAGAUUGGGCUGCUCAGCGCCCUGAGGGAGCACUCGAGAGUUCUGAGCAAGACCAGCAAACCAGCCCACUGCGCACAGACCAAGGUCCUGAAAAUGGAAGACUUUUUCCCAGAGACCUACCGUCUGGACAUCAGGGACGAGAGAGAGGCUUUCUUCACCCUCUUUGAUGAAACCGAAAUGUGGAUCUGCAAGCCCACAGCCUCCAACCAGGGCAAAGGCAUCUUUCUGCUCCGGAACCAGGAGGAAGUCACCACCCUCCAGGCCAAGACCCAAAGCAUCGAGGACGACCCCAUCUACCGCAAGAUGCCAUUCCGGGCACCCCAGGCGCGGGUCGUGCAGAGGUACAUCAAGAACCCGCUGCUGCUGGACGGGAAAAAGUUUGAUGUGCGCUCCUACCUGCUCAUCGCCUGUGCCAUGCCCUACAUGGUCUUCUUUGGCCACGGCUAUGCUCGCCUCACCCUCGGCCUUUAUGAUCCCCAUUCCAGUGACCUCAGUGGCCAUUUAACCAACCAGUUCAUGCAGAAGAAGAGUCCCCUCUAUGUGCUGCUCAAGGAGGACACGGUGUGGAGCAUGGAGCACCUCAACCGUUACAUCAACGACAAGUUCCACAAGACCAAGGGCCUCCCGAGAGACUGGGUCUUCACCACCUUCACGAAGCGAAUGCAGCAGAUCGUGGCCCACUGUUUCCUGGCCGUCAAAGCCAAGCUGGAGUGCAAGCUGGGCUACUUUGACCUCAUCGGCUGUGACUUCUUGAUCGAUGAAAACUUUAAGGUGUGGCUGCUGGAAAUGAACUCCAACCCCGCCCUGCACACCAACUGUGAAGUCCUGAAAGAAGUGAUUCCCGGCGUGGUCAUGGAGACCCUGGACCUGGCGCUCGAGACCUUCCAGAAGAGCCUACGCAGCGAAAAGAUGCUACCACUGCUGUCCCAGCGCCGCUUCGUGCUCCUGCACAACGGCGAGACGGACCUGUGGCCGUGCCUGGGGGGCUCCCGCAACGUCCCCCGCCCGCCGCUGCCCCCACUUCGGCCCACCUGCGACGCCGCGCCCCUCGAGCCCCCCCUGCUCCGCGCCACCGACAGGCCGGGCGCGCGCAGGCCCGCGCCACACCGGGACCUCGGCAGAGGGCCAGGGCGGCCCUCCUCCGCGCAGCGGCGCCCCCGGCCUCCCGUCCCCGCCCCCGACGGCGCCCUGAGUGGAGGCCCCGAGGCCCAGGGCGGUGGGCAGCCGCGAGUGGGCGACGAGGACCGGGUACGGGAGCUUUCCCCAGGGCCGGCAGAAGAGGAGCGCAAGACCGCGGGCCAUCGCGGCUCCUAG